UUUGGUUUAGUUUUUUUUUUUUUUAUUCAUUUUUUUUUUUGUCGUUUUUUGGUUUAUUCCUUGUGACUUAUUAUUCGAAAUAAAUUUAAAUCGGAAAUUAUCGUUAUAUGAGCGGGAAAUAAUUACAAAAACCGUUAAUUAUUCACAAGUGAAGCCAGAAGAGUUUCAGAGUGAUAAUUUGUUUUGUUGUCGUUUUUGGGGGAAACGCCUUAAAAAAUACAAGCACACCCAAGUAGACCUAGUCUAAUAGAAUCCUUAAUUAAGCACGAAGAAGAGUGAAAUUGGUGUCAUUGGGAUUUCAUUAGAUUUUGGAUAUAAAAAAUAAAAAUUUAGAACAAUCAUGAAUUAUUUGCGAAGCAUAGAAAUAUCAAGAGUAGAAAUGUCGCCGGCCGAUGAUGCAAUUUAUCCCAGUCAAACAUCGAAAAAAGCUACCUACACAUUGGUCGUACUUAAAUUUCUCGAAUUGUGUUUGAUUAUCUGUUGCAUUGGACUGAUAGAUGAUCCCGCCACACAUUCUCAUUUUCGAGUUUUCAUUACACCACGCGUAGUUGCCCUCAGUUAUGUGACCUUUGGCUGUCUUCUAAUUUAUACGUCAAUUUAUUUAAUUAUGACUAUGUUUGGAGAUGCAACUCCAUGGAAAACAGCAACUGUUUGGUCAUUUGUUGGUUUCUUUUUGGUUUUAUCUUCAACUGCACUCUUAUUCAGAGAUUGGUCGAAUACAAAGGAACGCAAUUACUGGGAACCAAAUACACAAAGAUUGGAUUUGGUAUUGGCUACAGCAUGGGUUGCAUUAUUGACUUCACUGGUAUACUUGGCUGAUUUACUUGUGACGAUACGUUUUGGAUCUCGUGGUGAUUUGGAUUGAAUGAAAUUAUUUGAGAGCUGAGCUUUAUUUUAUUUUUCUGUAUAGUUAAGAAUUAAUUCUAGGAUAUACAUAAAUUUUUUGUGCAUUGUUAUGUUAAGUUUAAUGUUUCUUAUAAUCUCACUUGCAUGUACAUUUUUUUAAAUGAUAAAUCAAAAUAUGCGACGAUCAUUCAAUAUUGAUGAUAAAUUAAUUCGAAGAAAAAAACGCCAAACUAAAAUAAUUUUACGAAUUAAAAUUUGUAUAGUAUGUGUCAUAUUGCCAUCCAAUUCAUUUGUUAACAGUUUA